GACAGACAGACUCUCUAUUCCUCCACACAGACGGGUUUAUACACGAAGGGAGGCGGUGUGAGAGCCGCUUGCCGGGACGGUUUCACUUUUUUUUUUAUCAAUGCCGCGACCUAGCUUCUCCUUAAAAUAAACUUUACUCUACUGUAAAAGUUUGAUAAACUUAACAACGCGUCGUCCGGUGUUCAUGUCCACGAGCGUAACAUUGUUAGGAGUCAGCUCAGCGCAGAGGCUACUCAGGUGUUCAACUUCACGGAGAAUUUUGUGUCGUAUUUUAGCUUUCUUGCUAACUAUUUACUAAUUACGCUAACGUUAGAAGCAAAACUCCUCUCCGUCUUUUUUGUCGUGUCAAAUAUCUCCAGUUUUCUACUUGGUUUCGUUUUCCUCCUUCUGCUUAUUGGACUUAAAAUAUCAAGUAGCCAAGUUUGAACAGGUGCCGGGAUGGAUGAGACGGAGAAGUACAAUCAGCGACUGAAGGCCAUUGCUGAGAAGCGUCGGCUGCAGGAGGAGCAGGACAGAGCCAGGAGAGACAUGGAGGAUGAGAAGCUCAGACUACAGCAGCUCAAGAGGAAGUCUCUGAGGGACCAGUGGCUGAUGGAGGGAGCUCCCUUGUCCCCAACCUCCCCGGACUCCCAGAGCCCCCGCUCCCCUCUUUGGGGCGCCCAGGAGAAUGAAAAGCGCAUUGACAAGUUGCAGUCAGAGAGUCAGCAGUUGGAGGAGGAGGAAGAGAAGCUGAAGGAACAGAUGAAGCAUGGCCAAACGGAGGCAGUGAAAGUGGCAGAGGCUGGAGCAGAAAUGGUUGUGCAGAACGGAGACAACAAUGCAAUAGGUUUGGAUAAAGUAAAGACAAACCAAAGCGCACGACUGGAUGAAACCGCAGCUGUCCUUACCAAUGGCGGAGGAGACUUGGAAGCAGACCCCACAACCACCCCACCACCACAAAAAAAAAAAAAAAAAAAAAAUCACCCCCCCAAAAAAACCCCCCCGGCGCCCCCCCUGGGUGUUUCUGAGGCAGAGCCUGGUCGGGUUCUAAAUGCCAAGAUUAAUGGGGAGGAGGAAGAAGGGACCGUGGUGAUGAGAGCAGAAUGUGUCAUCAUCACAGAUGACGGGGAUGAUGUGCCGAAGGAUCUUGCACCACAGGAAGAUCAGCAGGAGACCAUGCAGUCAGAGGAAACCCCUCUGCCGAAUCCAGAAGGAGGCCAAGAUGGAGGGGAGGCUGUGGAGGAGGUAGUAGAAACAGAAGCCGCUCCAGAAACUUUCACACAACCAGAGAAGAGUGAGGCAACUGAACGCAUUGCGGAGGCACCACCAGCAACUGGAGAUGGAGACGUGCAGCGUGGUGCGAAGACAAACGAAAAUGGAGAUCGAGAGACGAAAACUGAAGGACAGCACAGACAAUGGGAAGACCCAGCCUCUGUGCAGGUGCAGUCCCCAGCCAAUGCUCCAGAUGGCACUGCAGUGGUUUUGGUGCCAGUCUACUCUAAGGUGCAACCCUCUACUCUCACCCUCGAACUAGAGGCUGAGGCUGAAGCUGAGGCAGCAUUAAAAGCCCAAGACCCUGCCCCCAUGCCCGGCCAGUUCCAGGAGGUGCCCCUGGCCGAUCCCAAGGAGAUCCAGAGGACAGAGGCAAGGCCCGAGGAGAGGGAACCCCUUCUGUCACAGGCCAAAGCCCCCGACACCCAAGCAAAGCCAGCAGCAGCUGCCAGCACAGAGACACACAGCCCGACCAGGGCUAGCCAGGGAGAGGAGACCCAGGCACCCAAACACAAAACCUGCCAGUGCUGCUCUGUCAUGUAAAUGCCCUCUCUGUACAUUCAUAUCCACUCUCCCUUUUUACUCUGUCCCUCUGCUCUUCAAUUCAUGAGACACUCCUUCCCUCGUCUCUUUGUUUUAUGCACCCAUCCUUUUUCUGUCUUCAAGUGACUUAAUUUUCCUCCCCUACUUUCUGUCCUCAUUCCUUGUAUUCAUCCUGAAUCCCACUCUUAAAUUUGGAUACUCCAAAGGAAGUGGGCUCUCGACUCCAACAUGAAGACAGGGUGGGGGGGGGGCAUGGACUGGACUUAUUGGUGUUUUAAGUGCCUUAAGGAGCUCUAUACCCAUAACUACACUUUGAAAUUCUUUUUUCACACAAUGUGGACAAAAACAUUUUUUUUUUUAAACAUUGUUUGAGUUUGAUUUAAUUUUCCUGGUUAGCAGAUGAGCCAGCCAAUCUACAUAGGAUCAUAAAACCCACAUAUUAAAGAUGUAUUAUUUUAAACUGUUGUAUCUACAUGUAUAAUUCAUUGGGUAAUAUUCAUAAUCUUAAUAUGAGAUUCAACAUCCAAAGAUCUGGAAAGGUUCAGAGAGGAUAUUCUUCUAAUUGAAUGACUAUAACGCUGAAUUAAUUUUUGAUUUUGGACUUUUGUUAAAAUACUUUUAAUCCAAGUAUAGGGCCUGAACAUUUUAUUCACUCUGUAAUACACGUUUUGACAAUACACAGACUGAUGUAUGAAAUGGCCUUUGUUUAUUAACCACAGUGAAUAUUUUGUGGGAUGUUGUUAGAUUUAAAAGAGAAAUUAUUUUAAAAUGCCUGAAAGUAUGCAUUUGAUAUUUUUAUCAGAUGUGCUUUUGAAAGAGGGGUCCCAGAGCUCCUGACGUAGCUCUGUGUAUGGCUGUAUUAACUGUAUACAAAAACGUGGACUUGAGAGUGUCUGAGAUGUCAGCUUUGACAUGAUUGAUUAAUGGUUUAAUGAUUAAACUGACAUUUGUGAUACAUUG